CCAAACUCACACAACACAAUACAAACAAGCACCAAGUUGAAAGCGAUUCACCUCGAGCAGAAUGGCUGUAUUCGACAAUAUCAGCGACAUCCUAAAUGCACCACCAGAUCAUCUCAAGGCAGCGCUCAGAGUGCUAUGCAGCAAGAACGGCGACGUGCAAAAGACCCUCACCGAAUAUCUCUCUACCCUUCACCAAGUAUGCACCAUUCCUUUGCUUGGCAGAGUAGAUGCAGCUGGAACUUUCAAGCCAGCAGUCAAAACAACCGCACCAAUUUCUCUCCAGUCGGAAUUUCAUUUAUAUGAGCGAUGUGAAGAGACAUUUUUCGACUCUGAAAACAAGCACGGAGAGUGCGAGUACCACGAUGUGUGA